AUGCCAGAUACGCGCGACAAUGAGCGCCAGAAUGAACAAGCCAAUCAACAGGUCGAAGGGCAACAUUCUGAGGCAGUCGCACUGAGAAAUACAUCUGGCUUCGUCUUGCCGGGCGAUGUACUUCCUCUCCCCAGAGCGUUACAGGCCACAUCUCCUUUCGAAACCUCCCCUGGCCUGGGAUUUCCAACAGAUGAGCUGUGUUCCAGGGCGCUCAUCAACAUUUUGAUGGCCGAUUACCUCGACUUGAUCUAUUCACUUGUGCCGGUUGUUCAUAGACCAAAUUUUCGCCAUGACCUUGCCAAUAACCGCGAUGUUACCGACCCCGACUUCUUCGCCCUCCUCGUCAGCCUCUGCGCACUCACGGUCGGGCUGUUGCCGUCCCGGUUCCGUGAAUACCGUGCCGUUGACCCCGAAGCUGGUAUGCACUUUGAGACAAGGACGGCUCUGAUCAACUGUUGUGCGGAGAUCUGCACUCGCCAAAGGAACGCCAGCUACUGGGAUCAAGUCAAUCACCGCAAAUGGGCUGUCAGCUAUGUUUUCUCUGUCGCCUGUUUCCAGACAGGACAGGUCAAUCGCAGCCGCAUGUUUGACGUCGAGUACCUCCAGCUUUCGCGUCUUUUGGGGUUACACCGCAUGUCCGAGUACGAAGGUCUGAACUGUGUCGAGACUCAGUUACGGAAGAAGGCCUUCUGGUUAUUGUUCUAUGGUUAUUCUCACACAAGAGUCCAGAGUGGCCGUUGGGAGCGUUUAACAUAUUUUGGGCCGGGCGAACUGCGCGAAGUCAACUUCGAUGCUCUCCUUCCCCUCGAAGUGGACGACGAACACAUUUUCAAGGACAGAAUCCUGGAUCCUCUCUCACCGAUGGCAACACAUAACACGUCACCCACCACCCAGCAAGACCCACUACCGCCGUUCACCCUUGCAAGCGGCUUUAUCUUACAUUCUCGCGUUUUUCUGACGGGCCUCCGGGAAUCUUUGGCCACAGUCGGGUGUGAAUGUGAGCUUCGUCGGAGCCCGGCUACUCGCCUUGCACGAUUGCGCGAGCUUCUCCAGGAAAUGAGAUACAUGCUCGAUGACGCGCCCGGGCCAAUGCGCCAAUGGGCCUCGUCCGACAACAAUGACGCCCCGAGCACCCCGCGGUACGAUGACGACCAGACCGCUGCGUCGAGCUACGGUAGUCCGGGUGAGUACAGCCGCACGACUGAGACUGCCCUACACUCUAAGGUGAUCCAGGGGCAGGCUGAGAUCAUGCGGGCAAAUCUCCAUGUUACUCACCUUUGGCUGCAGAGCCUCCUUCUGGAACAGAUCGAUGUAGUCGUCCAAGGAAAUGUGAUUGGCAGUGCCAGCACUGUAACUAGGAGUGAAGAGGUAUUGGUGUCUUUGAAGGCAAAUUGGGCCGAGAGGGAGGAUAUUUGUCGCCAGAUGCUACACCUACUGCACAGCAUUCCACAUGUCUAUCUCGAACCCAACGGCCUGUAUCUGGCGUACAAGGUCCGCGAUGUGGCCGUGACGCUCCUCAACUGCCCCUUCGAAGCCCACACGCCCCCUGCCCGCCGGGCCGUUGAGUACAUGCGGGACUUCACACGGGCGCUGUCCCGCCUCGACCGCAGCGAGAUUGUCAACACGAAUAGCUUAAGGAGCUGGGUCGACGUGGACAGGGAGCCGGUUGUCGCCUCGCAAUACCAGCUCGUCCCGUCUCCACAUACGCACGUGGGCACUGAGCAAGGAUGCACUAAAUGUCAAGCACAGCCACCACCGGAAGGCUGA